CCUAACACUAGGUCAAAACCGAACUCUAAAUAGAGCAAUCAAUGACCACUAGCCCGCACGAUCUUUUAUAACAAUCAAUAAUUUUUAUUUAACCUAGCCGAUAUUAGACGCAGACCAUUCACGGCCAAUCCUCUCUCUCUCUCCAUCUCUGAAGCCAGUGUACCGACUCCGAGUAGCGUAAACCCCAGCGACUGCAUCAAUGGUCUAGAUUCAACCGGAUCGUUUCGUGGUUUUAUUAGAGGAAGGUGACACUUUGUUGAGUAUUUGUAGAAAGACAAAUUCAAACAUUAAAUGGAUUUAGACUUCGAUGAUGAACCUGCUGCACCUACAGCUAGGGCCGGUGCAAGGUUUAAGCCGAAAGGGAGACCACAACCCAAGAAGAAGCAAGUCUCUGUCUCAACCUCACAACAGACAACAACACUCUCUUCUGAUGCUGCUGCCAAGGAGACAGUACUCUCCACACAAAGCAAAGAUUCAUCAUCAUCAACUUAUCCCACCAAUGUUUCAACUUCUGAGACUAUUGUUGUCCCUGAUGGUCGUGGAACCAUUAGUCAAUCCACCAUGGGAACUAUAUCUAAAGAGAAUUUAGAUGUAUUCUCAGGAGUUUCUGUUCUUCGUGCUUGUACUAAGGUAAAUUCGGAGGGAAAAAGAUGCGAGGAUGGCACAGAGGCGGCGGCACCUGCAUGUCCUGAUGACCCUAGAAGACAAGAUUCUGCAACGUUUAGAGAUUUUGUUACUCAUGAAACGGAUGAACUUAUUAAUGCUGAAACUCAAAGGAUGCAAACAGGGGAAGAAGGAGAAGAAUGUCAUUGGAACAUGGAAACUCUUGAUAUUGUACAGGAGGAAGGCAUGACCAGUGCUUAUGAGCAACAUACUGGAAAGUUCCAACCAAAGCCUAGAUUGCUCGACACUGUGAUUGAAGAAGAACCAGAGUCUCAUUACUCUGUUGAUGAUACAAUGGAUGCAGCUAACCAGUCUGAGUUUAUGGUCAAUGAGGAAUCAAGAAACGGUGAAUUCAACACCGAUUCUACAUCUCAUGGAGAUCAUCAAGAAGAACAUAAUAUUCCUGAAGUCCCAAGAGAAACGGCUCCUGGCGUAUUGGAACAAGAACAUCAUGUUGUCCCACCUACUAGUAAUAAUGAUACAGUUAUGGGAGAAGGAGAACCACAGUCUAAUGAAGCGGAACCAUGUACAACUGACAAAAAGGGGAAAAAGAAGAGAGUUCGAAAGAAGAAAACCACUACUAGUGAAGAAGAACCUGAGAAGAAGAAGAAGUUCAAGCAUUCAAGUCGUCGGCAGAAAAACAGAACAUUGGAGAAGGAAUUACUUGAGACCCCGGAUGAUCAAAUCCCAAAGCUGCCUAUUAAAGAUAUGAUUCGCCUUGUUCAAUACAGAGAAAAGUUGGAGAAAAAAGAAGCAAAGGGAGCUCCUGUUGUGCCGCCGACCCAAGAAAGUAAUACACAGGCAUCGGAAUUUAACAAUUAUUAUUCACAAGGCUUCGACGCAGAAGUGGAAGACGAGUUUGGUAUGGAGGAGGGAGAAAAUCAAGAAACUUACGUAGUUAAACCGGACUCACCGGUUAACUAUCAUUCGUACAUGAACAAGACUCCCAGAACUCGAUGGUCAAAACAAGAUACACAACUCUUCUAUGAGGGAAUUCAACAGUUUGGGAGCAAUCUAUUGAUGGUGCAACGACUGUUUCGGUCUCCUGAAAGACCUAAAAGAACGCAUCAUCAAAUCAAACUCAAAUUCAAGUUGGAAGAACGCAAGAAUCCAUUGAAGCUUGAUGAUGCUUUAUCAACUCGAUCGAAAGAUCUUUCUCUUUAUCAUAAUGUGCUUAAGGACCUUGAGGAAGAAGCUGCGGCUAAAAAGGAAGGAGAAGAGGAGGAAGAGGAAGAAGGAGAAGGAGAAGAAGCUGGAGAAGAGGCAGAGACAACUACUGAUGGUCCAGAGAAUGAGGAACCGACGAAGACUGAGGAGACUGAGCGAGCUGGUGAUGGAGUAACUGGAGUUAAGGAAUCAGACGGUGGAGAUGAAUGUGACGAUAACGAGGGAGAUGAUGAUGAUUUUUGGAAUUCUUAUAAAAGUGAAAUGUAAUGAUUUUAUAAACAGAUCAGUCUUGCUCUCAUACUAGAACACAAUAAUAAUAUUUAGUAUUCUUUUCGAUUUAGAUCAAAUUUUUUUAUCAAA